AACACAGUUAAUCUCUGUGGACAUUUGGACCUUUGUUGUGGACUUGCCUUGGCUUGGCAUCUUAUCGCCCGGUUACGACAGUUAAGUAGCAACCUCCACUUUGAGUACCAUGUCGUUCCGCCCGCUGGUCGAGGGCGACUGCGGCGGCGUGAAUCCGCUGAUGCAGCUGGGCGGCCAGUUCACCCGGGAUGUGGCCCACAAGGAUGAGGGAUAUGUGCAGCGCCAGUUCGAGCGGGGCGCGCGACCCGAGGACCAGUUAAUCAACGAGUUUCUGGGCCAAGUGGCCGCCCCGCCGCAGUCCUUCCAGAUGGACACACUGCUCCAGGAGAUGCGGGACAUCAACAUCCACAGCAAUCCCCAACAGCAGAUGCAGAUGCAGCAGGCGGAGCAGUGGGGCCAGGACUUUGCACGCGGCCUAGCACCCGCCCUGCCGAACAAAAUGAUCCACAUGCAGCCCCAGCAGCAAGACCUGCAGCACGCCCAGGAGUUUUUCGACGAGCCGCUGAUUAGCAGUCGGAACUUCCGGCCGCUGCAGCAGCAUCCCCUUAUGGCCAUUACGGCCGGUCAGCAGCUACAGGACCCCUUCUUCGACUCAACCAUGGAGACAAUCGUCACGGACAACCUUCCCCAGGCGCCGCAAGGCGAGUCGCUGGCGGAUUGGAUCACCGACUACCAGCGCAGUUCCGAGCAGAAGGAGCAGACCGCCUCUAACUUCAACGAAAAGUUUUGGCAGCGCCUGCAGGACGAGUGGCAGAAGCUGGCCGACGAAAACGAGCAUCCUUGGCUGUCGGAGUACAACGACAACAUGGACGCGUACAAGGAGUACGUUUUCGCCGAGGAGAACCCCAUGUCGGAGUUGGAAAAUGCGUUCGAGAAGGGCAAGGAGUAUUUGGCAAAGGGUGACAUUCCCAGCGCCGUUCUUUGCUUUGAGGUGGCGGCAAAGAAGCAGCCGGAGCGCGCCGAGGUCUGGCAGCUGCUUGGCACUUCGCAAGCGGAAAACGAAAUGGAUCCCCAGGGCAUUGCGGCGCUGAAGCGCGCUUAUGACCUGCAACCGGACAACCAGCAGGUCCUGAUGGCCCUGGCCGUCUGCUACACCAACGAGGGCCUUCAGAACAACGCCGUGCGCAUGCUGUGCAGCUGGCUGUCAGUGCAUCCCAAGUACCAGCACCUGGUCGCCGCCCAUCCGGAACUGCAGGUCGAGGGCUCUUCGCUGGCCUCGUCGCUGAUUGGCCCAAGCAAGCUGCGUGAUCUGCAGCAGAUAUACUUGGAGGCGGUGCGCCAACACCCGGCGGAAGUGGAUGCCGAAGUCCAGGAGGCCCUUGGCGUGCUUUACAAUCUUUCUGGAGAGUUUGACAAGGCAGUGGACUGCUACCAGUCCGCCCUGCAGGUGGAUCCACAGAAUGCCAAGACCUGGAACCGCUUGGGCGCCAGCUUGGCCAACGGAUCGCGCUCUGUGGAGGCGGUGGAGGCCUACCAGCAGGCGCUGCAGCUCCAGCCAGGUUUCAUCCGGGUGCGCUACAACGUGGGCGUAUGCUGCAUGAACCUCAAGGCCUACAAGGAGGCGGUGGAACACCUGCUGACGGCGCUCACCAUGCAGGCACACACCAACGCCGCCCGGGAGCUACCCAAUGCGGCGAUGGCGGCCACCAGCAGUGGACAGAACCAGAUGUCCGAGUCUAUUUGGAGUACCGUCAAAAUGGUAAUCUCGCUAAUGGGUCGCAGCGAUCUCCAGGGCCACGUGAGCGAUCGUAAUCUGGCGGCCCUUAACGAGGCAUUCAAGGACUAACUGGCUUCAGCUAUUCCUUCCUUGUGUUUGGAAAUCCACUUGUUGUCAUGUUUAUUUUUCUAUGGUUUAAUCUGUAAGCAAUUAAAAACUUCUGUGGUAUCUA